GUUUAAUACAAGCCGCUUAUUUUAAAAAGAAAAAUACAAUAUUAGAUGUACAUUGAUGUUGUUUUAAAUAGUGCUAGGUUGAAACGUUAGUUAAACAGUAUUCAGCCAGGCAUAUGUAGUUGUGGUAUUGUUUUCGAUACUUAUAUUCAUUAUUGAAAAAUGAGAAGUUGUUUGAAAUGAGAAGAAGUCAAGCACCUAGCCAAAGGUGUGUGAUACCAGUUUCAUCCCAGAGAAAUGAACAAGUAAAACCUGUGGUAAAGAAAGCUCGUUAUGAUGACCAGAAGGAAAGAGAUGACAGAACUCCACUAUCUACAAUUACAAACAUGCCAAUGCUCAAAUACCCAGAUGCAAAGGCUCACGAGGAUUUCAUCAAGAAGAUACUCUCAAAGCCAUUUAAGAUUCCAAUACCUAAUUACAAAGGGCCACUGGCAGGAAGAGUGCUUGGAAUUCGACGUCAAGGCACCAGACAGCCAUUGCAUGACCCAUUUGAAGAAGGAGCCCUUAUUCUUUACUCUCCCCCAGAGUUAUCUGCCCAUGAGCAGUUGAAAGCAGACUUAGACAAACAGCCAGUACAUGUUGUGGUGGAUCCUGUUUUAUCCAAAGUUCUUAGGCCUCAUCAAAGAGAGGGAGUAAAAUUCAUGUACGACUGUGUCACGGGCCAGAGAAUUCCUGACAACUUUGGAUGUAUCAUGGCAGAUGAAAUGGGAUUGGGUAAAACUUUGCAGUGCAUUACCCUGAUAUGGACUCUGCUGAGACAGAGCCCGGAGUGCUGUCCUCUGAUUGACAAGGUGGUAGUGGUCACUCCCAGCAGUUUGGUCAAGAACUGGUAUAAUGAAGUUCAGAAAUGGUUGAGUGGAAAAAUAAACUGUCUCGCUAUAGACUCUGGAGUAAAAAAAGAAAUUGAUAGACAACUUAAUCAAUUUGUGACUCUUAAAGGUGGAAGAAAUCCUCAUCCAAUCUUAAUCAUUUCCUACGAGACAUUUCGUCUCCACAGUACAGUGAUGCAUAAAGGAGAAGUUGGUCUAGUCAUUUGUGAUGAGGGACACAGACUUAAGAACUCGGAGAACCAGACAUACCAGGCGCUGAAUGGACUGAGGGCGCGACGGAGGGUGCUACUAUCAGGGACCCCCAUACAGAACGACCUACUCGAGUACUUCAGUCUUGUCCACUUUGUCAAUGGCGGAAUUCUGGGUACUGCUCAGGAAUUUAAGAAGCGAUUUGAGACUCCUAUUCUUCGUGGUCGAGAUGCAGAUGCCACUGAUGAAGAUCAUAAAAAGGGCCAAGAAAAACUACAAGAACUGGCUGACGUUGUUAACAGGUGUAUCAUACGAAGAACGCAAGCACUUCUAACUAAAUAUUUGCCAGUAAAAGUGGAGCAGGUCGUUUGCUGUCGCCUGACACAGAUGCAGUCUGAGUUAUACAAACUCUUAGUCAGGUCUAAAGGCUUUGAAGUGGAACAGGAUGAGAAAACAUCUACAACUUUGUCUUUCAUCACCCAGCUUAAAAAGCUGUGUAAUCAUCCUGAUCUGAUUUAUGAGAAAUGUCUGCAGAGAGCCCCUGGAUAUGACGGAACGCUGGAUCUGUUUCCUCCAAGUCACACAACGAAGAUUGUAAGGCCCGAACUCUCCGGCAAAGUGUUGGUACUCGAUCGCUUAUUGGCUUUGAUAAAGGCUCAGACCAGUGACAAAGUCGUUCUGGUGUCUAACUAUACACAGACGCUGGACCUGUUUGAAACUCUUUGUCAUCAAAGAAGGUACUUGUAUGUUCGACUUGAUGGAUCAAUGACAAUAAAAAAGAGAGCCAAAGUGGUUGAGCAGUUUAACAAUCCGUCAUCACCCGAAUUCAUAUUCAUGCUGAGCAGUAAAGCGGGUGGGUGUGGUUUGAAUCUGAUUGGAGCCAAUCGUCUGGUGAUGUUUGAUCCCGACUGGAAUCCAGCCAAUGAUGAUCAGGCAAUGGCCAGAUGUUGGAGGGACGGACAGAAGAAGCAAUGUUUUAUUUACAGACUUAUUGCUACAGGAACAAUAGAAGAGAAGAUCUUCCAGCGGCAGACUCACAAGAAAGCCUUGAGCAGUUGUGUGGUGGAUAAAGAGGAAGAUGUGGAGAGGCAUUUCAGCCGCGAGCAGCUCCGCGACCUGUUCAAGCUGAAGGAGGACACCAGCAGUGACACACAUGACACGUUCAAGUGCAAGAGGUGUGUCAACAGUAUUCAGGUUCGAGGCCCCCCAGAGGGCAGUGAUACCAACUCCGACUUGUCUCAGUGGCACCACUCUGCCGAUAAAAGAGGACUGGUGGACGUGGUUCUGAAGGGGGCGUGGGACGAAACCAUCUCCUUCACAUUUCAUCACAAGUCACACGAAGAACAGAGGCAGACUGUCUGAUCAAUGCAACACAUUCUUUAUUAUAUCAGAGACUUGAAAAAAAUGGGUAGAUCCAUGUGAAUGAAAACUAUUAUGAACAGGAGAAAAAAGUAUGCUCUAUAUAAAAGUUAAUGAACUGAUAAUGUUGGAACCCAGUGAAAAGCUAUGGAUAUGAUUGAAGCCAUUAAUUGGAUUUUUAUAUGAAGAUCACAGUACGUGCGAUACACAUGCAUUAAAAAGUGAAAUGGGAACUCAGAUUUAUCCAGCCUUUUGAAAACAGGAAAUGUCUCAUUAUCACGUGUGACAUCAGAGAAAAAUAAUCAAUAAUAUAUAGUGCAAAGUCCUAAUUUGUCAAUUUUUUAGUGCAAAUGUUUUGUGUAAUGAACGAGCUUCAGGAUUUCAGAAAUGAACAUCUAUCAGUAAUACAUGUACUGGGACUAUAGUCACUAGCUUAAAAUCUGAUGUCUGUUAAUUUAGAUCUUGUUUUCGAGUGUUUGUUAGUUGAAUAUGUAUAACAGAAACAAUCAUUAAAAGUGCCAUCACAU